AUGCUAUUGAAUGAAGCAGGAGCUUGUGGCUUGCUCGACCUGUCUUAUUCUUUGGCUGUAUGGGCACCUCCUAUGACCCGAUCGGUGUAUUGCUGUGAGCUUGAACAAUGCAGCCAAGUGUUCAACGACAUGUCGUGGGACGACGUGGUCAUUCCGAUGCACGAUAAUACCGAUGAUUACGUGGAUCCCGACGAUCAUCACGAUAUGAAAGCCACAUUUUUGAAAGCGGUCCAAUUAAUCCCAGAGAUCAGAAGAACGGCAGAUACCGUCUUUCUAGUGACCGAUUACGGAGUUGAUAUGAUAAAUGCUGAAUUCCUAGACGCGCUAUACCCAUAUGUCGGCAUCUUUCACAUCAUUCUCCUCGAUCCAAAGUUGGCCAAAUACUACCCGAACCCGAUUGUCGUCGUCGACGCCAUAGAGCUAUCAAGAACUGUGGAGAUUCCGGCAAUCUGCGCCCGGCAUCAAGUUGGAAUCAUUUCUGGUGGUAACGUCAAUGUAUUUCACCAAAGACCGACGACGCCAAGAGCACCGUUUCGCACAACUAUGUUUGAUGGGAUUACAGAUUUAUGCCCCGAAUUGGCCAACGUUACUAUCUCCCCGGACCCACCACUCGAUUUCCACGUAUUUUUGGCCUUCUCUGGGCACAUCCGGGACUCUGAUGUGGUAUGCGUCCAAGAGCUCUUCCAUUCGCUCCUCAAAUUGGCGCAUCUGGAGACAAACAGCGGAAAAGUGAGCGUCCAUGGGCCGCGUACGUUAACAUACGCCACAUGCCAAUGGAAUGAGUACGAUAAAUGUCUACAUUCAACCGACCGCUUACAUCCAGCAAUUCUACAGGUUAGCACUGGCGCGAUUAACAAAGCCGACCUCGACUUCGCUCCCGACGUCCUCAAUUUUCUACGAAGCGAAGCAAUCCGCCCGAUCGAAGAAAAACGAGUAGGAUUAGCCCUACCUUUUCAGAAGCUUCCUGUCCUAGAUUCCGAGUUUUGCGAAUUUGUCGAAAAUUUUGGGGAUAUGGACGGCGGCGAAGACGUCUCCGGUGAUACAAGCCACAUCAUCGUGUUGGCACUGAAAAACCAAAUCAAUUCCGAAGACUGGGUUUUCGUUCGACAAUAUCUUCUUGACAAUAUUGGGAAAUGUUUGGGGCCAAAACAGCGGUUCGGAAUCAUUUUACCGACGCUUGAAGAUAAGCGGAAUGUUGAUUUUUGUGAGACGAUCGGCUGCAUACGUGAUCAGCUAGAUGAAGUUCAGCCGGCUAACUUCCCAGCACUUGACUAUACCGUCAGGCUUCUAAAACGAGGCAGAGGAGCCUUGACGGCAACAGAUGGCUAUAGUGCACCAAAUCCAAGCAUGCAGCUGCUCACGCAUUUUAUAUCUCCAGAAUUUGUUGAGUACUACGAAAGCAACAAGGAGAUGCUACGGACAAGCUUGGGCCAGAUAGAUUUCAAGAUUUUAUUAACAAACGUAACGGGAAUGAAUGAAACGGCUGUUGAAUCCAGUUUCCCGAAGACGUUGUUGAUGUACGCCGAGCGAUUUUCCGACUUGCCGAACACGUCGAACGCUUUCUGCAAGCAGCCCAGCCCACCAGCGCCGCGCGGCAUGAUCCGCUUUAUCUACCUCCUAGUCGUGAUCAUAUGUGUUCUUCCAAUUCUGGGAAUUAUUGUGUACGCGAUGUGUCGGAAAAAUCGUCAUCUGGAGACGCAGAACAAGCGAUUGUUCCUUAAUCUACAGCAUUCGGUUCGGGGUGAUGAGGAAGAAGAAGGACUAAAAGCGCCAGGAACACCGGAGUCUCAGCUCCUCAGCGUCGAUUGGGUCUUAUCGGAGUUACAACGAGAUCCCUGGGAAAUGGAUCGCCAGAAGAUCAUAGUUGGACGUCAAAUUGGGCGUGGCGCAAGUGGUGUCGUCUACAAAGGCGCGCUUAUCGGUCGUGCCCCCGUAGAGAACAUUCACAAGAAGUCCUUCUUUGCAUUCCAAUAUGACAGCAGAGCGGUAGCGAUUAAAAUGAUGCCAUUGCAUUUUGAAGAAUCGAAAAGAAAUGCCUUCCUGGAUGAGAUACAAAUUAUGAAGGAUUUGCCUCCGCACCCAAAUGUCUGCGGACUUUUGGGCUGUGUGACUUCCUAUUCUCCGCUCUGCAUGGUGGUGGAAUAUGCGGCACUGGGAGACUUGAGCAGCUACUUGAAAGCGAGAAAACUACGAGAAUGCGGCUAUAUGGCAUGCGCGGUACAUGAGAAGCAUGUGUGUCUGAAGAGUUUGAUGUCGUAUUGCUGGCAGAUCGCUGACGCACUGAAUUUCCUGCACACAAAUACAUUGCUGCAUCGGGAUCUGGCAGCAAGAAAUGUCUUGGUGAAUGCCAAUGGGAAUGUGAUGAUUACUGAUUUCGGGUUAGCAGUUUGGACGGAAAAGCAAAAUCGAACAAGAAGCCAUCGCCUACCCAUAAAAUGGACAGCUAUCGAAGCACUUCGUUAUGGUCAAUUCACGGCGCAUUCUGACAUCUGGAGCUACGGCGUGUGCUUAUGGGAAAUAUUCUCAAUGGGCAAGGAGCCGUACACCUAUGUGGGCACCGAGGAAAUGGCUUCGUAUCUCGCCUCUGGAAAACGGCUGAAUCAUCCCAGAAGUUGCCCAAAUCAUACCUGGUCGAUGAUCAAACGCUGCUGGCAAGAACAUCCGGAAGAUCGUCCAUCACUUGAAGUAAUACGCGCCUAUUUUGGGCGGAUACUGGAGGAGAUGACGGCCGGAUACGGAUACCUCGACCUGCAACCUGGGAAUUAUGAGAAUGCGACGUUUGAUGAAGAGGAGGUACCCCGG